CACACACUUGAGCGCGCGCGCACACUCGAGCACAGACGAGCACACACACACACUCGAGCACAGACGAACAGACUUAACCGCCUCCAUGCCGGAAAACACAGAAAUGGCUGAGUCGAAACCUUUGAAGAAGAGCCCGGAGGAUGGAGGGACUAGUGAGAAGAAGAAAGGCAAGGCGAGGAGUAAAGAGAAGAGGACGUGGGCUAGAGACGGACCGCGGGACCCCUUUGAAGUGCUGGAUGCGCUGCCUGAGUCCAAGCAGCAGGAGAUCCAGAAGGCGCUGCACCUCUUCUCUCUGGGCCAGGGGCCCCCCAGGAGUCUGGCAGAGGCCCGCAGGCACACCUACCGCUUCUGGGACACGCAGCCCGUGCCCAAGAUAGGUGAGGAGGUGAAUGACCAUGGGCCAGUCUUGGAACAGGAGAAGUGUGUCCCACGUGAGGAACCGUACUCUCUGCCUGAUGGCUUCAGCUGGGCCACCCUGGACCUCCAGAACCCCACACAGCUGGAAGAGUUGUGUGUGCUGUUGAACGAGAACUACAUCGAUGAGGAUGACAACACCAUGAGAUUUGUCUUCUCCCCACAGUUCCUGCUAUGGGCCCUGUGCCCGCCUGGCUGGCAGUGCCAGUGGCAUUGUGGGGUGCGGGUCGACUCCAACCAGAAGCUUGUGGGCUUCAUCAGUGCCAUCCCCUCCACCAUCCACGCCUAUGACACGGAGCUGAAGACGGUGGAGGUGAACUUCCUGUGCGUCCAUAAGAAGCUGCGGUCCAAGCGGGUGGCGCCGGUUCUGUGCCGGGAGAUGUCCAGGCGGGUCCUGCAGCAGCGGGUCUACCAAGCGGCGUAUUCGGCCAGCGCCAUGCUGCCCACCCCUACAGCCACUAGCAGGUUCUGGCACAGGUCGUUAAACCCGCGGAAGCUGAUUGAGGUGAAUUUCUCCUCCCUGGGCCGAAACAUGACCGUGCAGAGAGCCCUGAAGCUCAACCGGCUGCCACAGGCUCCUAAGACCCCCGGCCUGCGGCCCAUGAGGGUGGAGGAUGGCCCUGCGGUGCAGGCCUUGCUGGAGGGUUACCUGAAGAGGUUCCAGCUGCGUCCCGCAUUUAGCCAGCAGGAGGCGCUCCACUGGCUCCUGCCCCGCGAGGACGUCAUCGACACCUUUGUGGUGGAGAGCCCCGAUGGCGUAGUGACGGACAUGCUGAGUUUCUAUACGUUGACCUCCGUGGUGCUGAACCACCCAGUGCACCGGGGGCUGAAGGCCGCCUUCUGCCUGUACUACGCACACACACACACGCCACUCAGCCAGCUCAUGGAGGACGUGAUGGUGCUCGCUAAAGGGAGGGGUUUUGACGUGUUCACUGCCCUGGAUGUAAUGGAGAACAGGAGUGUGAUGGACCAGCUCAAGUUCUGUCCUGCUGAUGGACGCAUGCAUUACUACCUUUACAACUGGAGGUGCCCUGCCCUAACCACAGACAAGGUGGGCUUAGUGCUGAAGUGAUGGAGUGUGUGUGUGGAUGUCUGAGGCUUCAUGAAUUUAUGGAUUGUAUCUCCUGCAUUAUGUAUCAUGCAUUUGUUUAUUGGGACACACACACACACUCUCACACACACACACACACACACACACACACACACACACACAC